UCCACCGUCCGCCCGCUGAGACGCGCCCAGCUGGGGACCGGCGGGGCCUGGGCGCUCCCAGCCUUCGCCUCCCCGCCCCACACUUCCCCUUCUGGGGGCACCGCUGCUGCUCUGGGGGCCAGGGGACGGGGGCCAAGACAAAGCCCACUUUGUGCGGGGAGUUGGCCGCGGGCGUGGAAUGUGCGCGUCGGCGCGUGCCCCCUUCCCGGGCCCCACCAGCUGCCAGUCUUGGCUCCCGGACUCGUAGCGUCGAAGAGAUCGCCCCCCAGCGUCACCCUCCCGCCCGGGGAUCGGGGCUUGGAGCUGACGCGGCCUGGAGUCGGCUCGGUCCCCUGGGGACGCGCGGGGGUGUGAGCCUGCGUGCGUUUUGUAGAGGAAUUCAUUCUCUCUGAAACUGGGCCCUGCGGCGCCCAGUCGGCGUGGACUCCCGUGCCUUGACCCUUCCUUUUUGCGGCCGCAGGUCUGAGCUGUCUGGCCUCAGUUUCCCUCCGAUUUUUCUCCACUCGGCCAGCUCCGUCACCUGCCGGUCAUUGUUCUCGCUGUCAAAUGGGGGUGUUUUGUGAAGGCUGCCAAGUUGGGGUGUGUUCUCUUUAUCCCAUUUUCCAAACAGAACAAGGCCUCUAAGGCUAACCCGGGACAACCGGCCCCCUAGGCCCCCCCACUUCACGUUUUGCACUGAUUUUCUUUUCGAGUAGUAUUUUAUUGUACGUGAGCCACGCCCUGCUUUCUUAAAGGCGCCUUGCACUCUGUUUGGCCAUGUGUUAUCGCUGCAGCUGGCGUCCAGUUGGAAGCCUCUUGUGAGCCACCUAUUUUUCCUCCGACCUCCGUCAAAGAUUUGGGGAUGCCCGGGGGGAAGAAGGUAGUCGGGGGCGGCAGCAGCGGUGCCGCCCCCGCUGCCACUGCCGCCCCCUGUGGGAUCAGGCGUUUGGAGACCAGCGAAGGGGCCUCAGCCCAGAGAGAUGAGGAGCCAGAGGAGGAAGGGGAAGAGGACCUUCGAGACGGAGGUAUCCCCUUCUUUAUCAACCGGGGUGGGCUACCUGUGGAUGAGGCCACCUGGGAAAGGAUGUGGAAGCAUGUGGCCAAGAUCCACCCCGAUGGAGAGAAGGUGGCGCAGCGGAUCCGUGGAGCCACGGACCUGCCCAAGAUCCCCAUACCGAGUGUGCCUACAUUCCAGCCAUCCACGCCCGUCCCUGAGCGCUUGGAAGCUGUGCAGCGCUACAUCAGGGAGCUGCACAGGUACAAUCACACAGGGACACAGUUCUUUGAAAUUAAGAAGAGCAGACCUCUGACAGGGCUGAUGGACCUGGCCAAGGAAAUGACCAAAGAGGCUCUGCCAAUCAAAUGCCUGGAAGCCGUGAUCCUGGGAAUUUACCUCACCAACAGCAUGACCACCCUGGAACGCUUCCCCAUCAGCUUCAAGACCUACUUCUCAGGGAACUACUUCCGCCACAUUGUGCUGGGGGUGAACUUCGGGGGCCGCUACGGGGCCCUGGGCAUGAGCCGGCGCGAGGACCUGAUGUACAAGGCGCCGGCGUUCCGCACGCUCAGCGAGCUGGUGCUGGACUACGAGGCCGCCUACAGCCGCUGCUGGCACGUGCUGAAGAAGGUGAAGCUGGGCCAGUGCGUGUCCCAUGACCCGCACAGUGUGGAGCAGAUCGAGUGGAAGCACUCGGUGCUGGACGUGGAGCGGCUGGGCCGCGAGGACUUCCGCAAGGAGCUGGAGCGACACGCCCGCGACAUGCGGCUCAAGAUUGGUAAAGGGACUGGCCCUCCCUCGCCUACCAAGGACCGGAAGAAGGAUGUAUCCUCUCCUCAGCGGAACCAGUCCAGUCCCCAUCGCAGGAACAGCCGUGGGGAAAGACGGCCAUCUGGGGAGAAGAAGCCGUCUGAGCCCAAAGCCAUGCCAGACCUCAAUGGGUACCAGAUCCGGGUGUGAGGAAGUGGCAGCACCCCGCUCAUCCCGCUCCUGGGGGCCAGGACCUACCUGUUGGACCAGCCACGUUCAUAGGGGAGGAAGGGCUGGUGAAGAGGCAGGUUGAAGGGCAGCAGGAAAUAUGUGUUCUAGCUCAGCUGCCCAAACUGCUCCCUCCCCCACUGAGCCGUGCCCCCUAACUUUGGGCAGAUAGGCGGUUAGUGUUUUGUUUGGAGUUUUUAACUCCACGACUGAUGUGUAUUUGGGAAAAAUGUAUAACUAAUGGAUCUGCCAGUGGCCAGAAGGCCAGUGCUUCGGAGGUCUGCAUGCAUGGGCUGGGUGAGGGGGCUGCCGGCUCUGCUGGCACCCUGCCCCUGUCCUAUGUUGGGACAUUUCCUGGCCCCACCAGGUCUGAGGCUUGGUGGGGUGGGGGAGGAGGCAUAAAGGUGUUUCUUCAGUCUGUCUGCCUUGGCAGAAUAUUGACCCAGGGAACGGGAAGCAGGGUAGGAAUCAUUGGGAAAGGUCUGUGUCACCCAUAAAUCAGGAGCUUGGCACAGGCCACAUCUGCCCCCAGGAGCAGGAGCCCCUGGCCCAGGAGAGCCCCACGGGCCCCUGGGACUAUUCAGGCUGGCACCGCCUACUGGCUCCGUCAUGCUGGGGACAGGCUAUUUGAGCACCCAGGAGAGAACCCCUGGGUGAAGAUGUUCCCAGGCCCCAAACUGCCUACUGGCUCUACUUGCUCAGACCCAACCCUGCCUAUGCUGUAGCCCAAGGAGCUCUCUGAACGGUCUGGGCUUUCGUGGAGGGCCCAGGGCUGCACUGGGGUCAUGGGGACUGAGCAGACAGGGCGGGUGGGACAUUCAGGCCUUGGGCACUGCCCAGCAGUGGGCACUGCUCCUCCCCAUGUUACCUCAGCCCUUGUUGGGGAAAUUGAGAGCAGACCAGGAUGCUUGUGGCUCAGGCCAGCCUUCCUGGUUAGCAGCCCAGCUUGGAGGCUGCAGUGAUGCUUAGGCCUGUCGCAUGGGCAUCUCGUCAGGGCCCUGGCAGGGCAGAACCUGAGCAGCUGGGGUCAUGCAAGAUACCUGGCUGCGAAGUGAGAGCCUGUGGAGAGGUUGUCAGGGCUCAGGAAAGGAGGCUUAAGCAACAAGGAAGUGUAGGCCAAGGGCACCAUGUAGCCACUGAGUGGAUAGAACCCAGGAGCUGGAGGUGUAUGUGAGAAAGGGUUGGGGGAAAGUUUAGGAUCAGAUUGCCUUGGGGGGUGGUGAGUUCUCUACUUCAGGAAGUAUUCAAGCAAAGACUAGAUGGCUACUUGUCAGGAAGCUAUACAGAGGAUUCAAGUUCUGGAAGGGUAGUUGGAUGAGAUGAACAGUAAGUUUUUGCUGAGAGGCUAGGAUUCAGUCAGGGCCAGCUGUCAGUAAGGCUGUGGAGGUGCUUGGAGCCUGGAUAAGAGAGGGGUCAAACUAGAGUAGUAAAUCCAGAUGCCCACAGGGGCCAAGCAGGUACUUACAAAGAGGGCUGCUGGGCUGGGGGGACUGAGGCCAACGAAGAAGGGUAGACCGCACUAGAGGGGCCGCUGCUACUCAGCUCUUCCCACAGUGGGGCCCUGAGUUGCUAGGUCACCUGAUGUUUCAGAAGCCAGAACUCUGAAUUUUUAUGUGAAUUCUCUGAUUUUUAAAUGUUGGCAAUCAAUCAAAAAAAUUUAAAAACCCAAUACAGGCAAAAAAGAACAGCAGUUUGCAAUCUCUGGAGUAGAAAGAGCUUGUUCUGGGAGAAGUCCACUGAGAUGCUUUGAGGGAGAAAGCGAGACCGUUCUAAGCUUCCUAGAGCUGGGCUGGACCAGGAAAGGGCCUUACAGCCACAGCCGAGAAUGAGGAAACGCCAUUGAAGUGCCUCCCAUAGUGAGCAACCAUGCUGUGUUCCUCCUACUCACGGUCCCAGCAGACUAUGGAUCUAUGUGGUGCUGUCACCACAGGGGUGGAGGGGACUAGAGAGAGUGCAGCUCUCAGCCUGUGCCUGAGGCAAAGAGGCAGGGGAGGAAGAGACAGGGAGACCUUUGCUGAUGCAGAGAGGCACCAGAGCCGGCAGCUCAUCAAACCAGCAGCUCUUGGCCCAGAGCCAGGCCCAGCAACGGGCAGCCAGAGGCACUCUGGGAGGCCACUGGUUGGUCCCUUCCCCCGCCAAGUUCCUCAUGGGUUCAGUGGGCCCUGGGGAGGUGCCCACUGGCCCACACCCUGGCCAGGGCAAUCCGAGGGGCACUGUGUUAUGACCCCUGACUCACCAGCCCAGCCCAGCUUUGAGGGAAUGCAGAUGGUGUUCCCAGGUUUGCCUAAGGCAGAGAUGGCUGUCUUUGGGAGGUGUGAGGCAGAAAGCAAACUCCCUUCUGGGUCUGGAUGUGGGUGCCCCAAGGGGGCCACUGAUCAGCAGGGGAGUGGUCCCUCAGAUGUCUUUGGGACUUCCCAGGGAGGACAGGAGGACAGGGCUUGAGAGGAAGGGAUGUAUGAGGGAGCUGGGAGCUCAGGUCAGGGAGACAUGGAGGAAGCUGCUUCUGAUACCAGAACCCUAAAAGGACACCGGGACCCACUAGCCCUCUAGGAGAAGGAAGUAGAACGAAGCCCCAGCCCCUCUUUCAGAUUCCCUAGCACUCACCUUUCCUAAGCCAAGACCUCGGGCCUAUGACCACCACAGGAUAUAGCGGUGCUCUUUAUUUCCCACGUUUCUCAUAUGUAGCAACCCUCCUCCUCCCUUCCCGGGUGUGUUUACACAGGCUCUGCUCCCUGGGGCUGGCCUGGCUUCAAGGUUUCUAGGGAGGCACAGAGGCAGGGACUUUGGGGCCUUAGUCACUAUCCUUGGUAUAACCUCAUCUCACUUCCUCUGAGGGACAAGGGCCUGGCUGUGACCCUAGCUUCUCCUGCCUCAGGUCUGCCUUCCAGCACUCAGUGUGGGCUCAUCUGUACCCUCUGCUGGGUGAGGAGGGGUCAAGAUGAGGUCAGAGAAAGCUGGUUGGCGAAGGUGGGCCAGAUCCGGGGUGACAGCAGGGUCUCCCCCAACACCUAGUUCCUUAUGCUCGAUACCAGGGUGAGAGCACUGGGAAGCUGGGUUGAGGGAGCCUUCCGAUCCCACCUGCCAGGCCUCUCCCUCCCAUGGCCUCACCACAUACUCAUCUUCCCCUCACCCAUCUGCCAGAUAACCCCAUGCUUAACUAGGGCAUGGCCAGUGGGGAAAGCAGCAGCUCCCUGGUCCAGGGGCUGUACCGAUAAAAGCCCAGGGCUGAGGGGCCUAGGGAGCUGGGCUUUUGAGAAGGCCAAGUUAACCUCUCUGGCUUCCUGCCCUCUCAGUGUCAUCUCAUGCCCCCACCCCUUCCAACUGGGACUUAACUUCCUGGCUCUGGGACUCGGUGUGAUUCUGGCUGGUAGAGUGCCCAGAAGCCUGCUUGCACAGGUCUGAUUUUCUUGCCUGGAUUAUUUUCUACCUUAGCUGCAGUGAUGUCCCCAGGCCUACUCUCUCUACGCAAUUUCUCUGGCCUUUGAGUGCAGGGAUGUGAAAGCUGGGGUCCACUAUAUCGAUGGCUUCUUUGUGCCAGAGCUCAAGUCUGUGGAAAUUCCCACUGAAAAGCCAGUGUGAAGGGCAGGAGACAGUCCUCUGGAGUAUGGGGUUGAGGUGGCAAGUCUGCCCCCACCAGGCCCCUGCCUUUUACCAGCUUCCCCAGGCCAGGCAGGGCUGCCAUGGUGCUAGUGGCAAGGCCAUCAGUACUGACCCCUUGCCCCAUCUUGGUGCUCUGGAGUCUCAAUUCUCUUUUUCUUCAAGUCUGACAAGAGAGAAGAAACUCGGGUGUGCUUGGCCCUGGGGCCUGGUGAUGAUGGAGCACCCCCUCCCUUAAGUUUUGUGUUCGGUUGCCAUGUUGUAUUAGACUUCUAGACUUUGUUCUUCCAGUCCUGCUCAUGUCAGUAUUGCCCCUUCCUUUUCACACUUCAUCACAUUCCUGUCUUCACUUCUCCCCUGAAAUGAAUAAAGUCUCCCCUGCUCGGU